CGCACACACGCUCCUAAUAAAAAAAGUCCCUACAAUACUUAUUUUGAAGAAGACAGACAAGAGUGUCCGCCUCAGUUUGACAACAGCGGGAUAUCUGUGUUUCAGUUCAGCCGGACAGGGCUAUGUAGCCCGAAUCACCUUAAAAGAAACAGGCGAGUAGGCGAUGCCUCCAUCCCUGACACAGGUCUGGAAGUUGGACGCGCUGCGUGCGUCAUGUGCUCUGGCUGCAGAACUGAGCAGACUCCCAUUCUAGUUCACACAAGCUGAGAGACACCGCGAGGAGCGAUUUAUUUCAUUUAUAGACAGACUCGGGCCCGAAUCCCAGGGAAACAGUCAGUCCCCUCCCUUUCAUCCUGUCACCAUCCAUUCACCGAUCCAUCGAUCCAUCCUGUCCGUUCGUCCCUCUCUCCCUCCCCUUGGGGGCUGCCGGACGAGCAGAGAAGAGAAGAGGCCGUGAGGAACGGACUACUCCAAUGAGAGAGAGAGAGGGAGAGAGCGAGAGGUACGAAGGACGCUCUGCCAGGACAUUUGAGCUCAUCGGUGCAGACGAAGGUAGACUUUUUUCUUUAAAGGCGGGAAUGGUGAUGGACUUUCGUACUGCUACACAUAGAAUGGCCAAACCAAGAUCAUGAGAGGGUGUAAAGCGGCGGAGAAGCGACCGUCUUACCCUUGUCUUUGACGCCGUCGCUCGCGUGUCCCUUGCUCGGCUUCUGGAUGGCCACGCAGGUGAGGGAUAGAAGAUGAUGGGUGCUGAUGAAAUCGUUUGAGAAAAUUAUUCCACCUAAGACAGCAUUGACACCGAUGAUUCACGGAAAAACGGUAUUUGUUCUGUCUCAUUGCUGCCUUCUGAAAUUUCACAUUCUGAAAUAAGGCUCGUGAAUAGCAAAUGUCACAUUUUUCCGGUCCAAAGGUUUGUGGAGUGUACUGGUAAAACAACUGUAAGGUGGCUGGAGCCACGUUAUUACCACACACUGUACCAAACAUUGCGGAUGUUUCAGAAAUAAAUAAAUAAUAGUAGCUUUUCCAUUUCAAUGCCUUUAAGUCUGUGGAAACGCGACUGUUUCCAAAAUGCCGACCUGAACGCCAGUGACUGUCGUGGAUAGCUGUAAGCUGUUUUAUUAUUUAUUUAUUUUUAUUUUAACAGUCUUAUUUAUCGAGGCCUGUGUUAUACUCGGGCGUUAACGUUGUCAGAGCAAAGACAUGAAACGUCCAGCAAGGUGCAGGAAGCUCGGGUGCGCUCUGAGGCAGGCUUGUACCGUAGGCAACAUGAAACAUUCAUGUUAACUCGCUACAGUCUCACCAUGAUUUCAUGUUGGGAGCGAACCCUGCUUUAUAUGGACAUAAGAGUGGACAAAGACUGAGAAACCCCACAGCACUACCCUACAGUGCAACCAGUCAGCCAACCGACCACACAUUUAAUUUCCUCACACCCACAAUUGGCCGUUGGCAGAGACGCACAGAAAAGGAGACAGUACAUGGGCGUCCUCGUCUGCUAAAACCAAGCGCUGCAAAACUGCUCGCCGGGUGCAGGUGUUCAGCAUAAGCUUACAAGACAACCCGUUGUGCAUAUGAGACGUUCUGAUCCAGAUGGGAUGUAAUGUUGUGUGGUUGCACAGCUGAGCAUUGGUCUCCUUCUCCGCUGCUUCGUGAAGAUUGGCUUUUGGUGUCCAGAGAAUGGCGCGGUUCGGAGACGAGGUACCAGCCAGGUAUGGCGGAGGACCUGGCGGAGGAGGCCCGGGAGGCCGGGGUGGUAGCAGGCAAGGAGGACCCCAUGGACACGGCCACGGACACGGUCAUGGGCAUGGUCACGGGCAUGGCCACGGCCCACCUGGAGGGCCCGGGGCCCAGAGAAUGUACAAGCAGUCUAUGGCGCAGAGAGCCCGGACAAUGGCACUGUAUAACCCCAUCCCCGUACGCCAGAACUGCUUCACUGUCAACCGUUCGCUGUUCAUUUUCAGCGAGGACAACUUCGUGAGAAAAUACGCCAAAAAGAUCACCGAAUGGCCUCCAUUUGAGUGGAUGAUUCUAGCCACCAUCAUUGCCAACUGCAUUGUCUUGGCUCUGGAACAACAUUUGCCUGAUGGGGACAAGACGCCGCUCUCAGAACGCCUGGAUGAUACAGAGCCGUAUUUCAUAGGAAUCUUCUGUUUUGAGUCGGGAAUAAAGAUCCUGGCGCUUGGUUUUGCCUUCCACAAGAACUCUUACCUGAGAAACGGAUGGAACGUGAUGGACUUUGUCGUAGUGCUCACAGGAAUUCUAUCCACUGUGGGCUCACAAUUCGACUUGCGGACACUCAGGGCUGUGCGAGUAUUGAGGCCUCUCAAACUGGUGUCCGGUAUUCCCAGCUUACAGGUGGUGCUCAAAUCCAUCAUGAAGGCCAUGAUUCCUCUGCUGCAAAUUGGCCUGCUGCUCUUCUUUGCCAUCCUCAUGUUCGCCAUCAUCGGCCUUGAGUUCUACAUGGGCAAAUUCCACAAAACCUGCUUCGACAACAUAACAAAAGAGAUCCGGGAAGAGUUUCCAUGUGGGGUAGAGCUUCCAUCUCGGCUGUGUCCAGAGGACACCGUUUGUAGAGAGUACUGGCUGGGACCAAACUACGGCAUCACCCAGUUUGACAACAUUCUGUUUGCUAUUCUCACCGUUUUCCAGUGUAUCACCAUGGAGGGCUGGACUGACCUGCUCUACUAUAGCAACGAUGCCUCAGGGAGUGCAUGGAACUGGAUGUACUUCAUCCCCCUCAUCAUCAUCGGCUCUUUCUUUAUGCUCAACCUGGUGCUGGGUGUGUUGUCGGGCGAGUUCGCCAAAGAGAGAGAGCGUGUGGAGAACAGGAGUGAGUUUCUGAAGCUCCGAAGACAGCAGCAGAUUGAAAGGGAACUUAACGGUUACCUGGAGUGGAUCUGUAAAGCUGAAGAGGUCAUCUUGGCGGAUGAUGAGAAUGAAAAUGAAUAUGAUGGUUCUCGUAGGAGAGCCACAAAGAACCACAAAAGCAAAGCUGAGCUUCUAAAUUCAGAGGAAGGGGAGGGAGACCUGGGAGUAGGUUCACCGUUUGCUCGUGCCAGCUUGAAGAGCUCCAAGCUUGAGGGAUCGACUUUCAAGCGGCGGGAGCGGCGGUUUCGCUUCUUUAUCCGUCAUGUUGUUAAGUCCCAGGGCUUCUACUGGACCGUGCUGUGUUUGGUGGGCCUCAACACGCUGUGUGUGGCUGUUGUGCACUACGACCAGCCUGAACCACUUUCAGAUUUUCUAUAUUUUGCCGAAUUCAUCUUCCUGGGAAUAUUCUUGACAGAGAUGUUUGUAAAACUGUACGGCCUGGGCAGACAGGCCUACCUCAACUCCUCCUUCAACUGCUUCGACUGCAUUGUGAUAUGUGGUAGCAUAUUUGAAGUCCUUUGGUCCAUCAUCCAACCGGGCACAUCGUUUGGCAUCAGUGUGCUACGAGCUCUCAGGUUAUUGAGGAUCUUCAAAGUCACCAAGUACUGGGCGUCUUUGCGUAACCUCGUCGUGUCUCUGCUCAAUUCCAUGAAGUCCAUCAUCAGCUUGCUCUUCCUGCUCUUCCUCUUCAUAGUCGUCUUUGCGCUGCUGGGCAUGCAGCUCUUCGGAGGACAGUUUAAUUUUGAAAGUGGCACCCCUCCAACCAACUUCGAUACAUUUCCCGCAGCAAUAAUGACGGUGUUCCAGAUCCUGACCGGCGAGGACUGGAAUAUGGUGAUGUAUGAUGGCAUCAAAUCUCAGGGUGGAGUCAACAAGGGCAUGGCCUUCUCCGUCUUCUUCAUUGUACUCACGCUUUUUGGCAACUACACUCUGCUGAAUGUGUUCUUGGCCAUCGCUGUGGACAAUCUGGCCAACGCACAGGAACUGACCAAGGAUGAACAGGAAGAAGAGGAAGCUGCCAAUCAGAAGAUUGCCCUGCAGAAAGCCAAGGAAGUGGCUGAAGUUAGCCCACUAUCUGCUGCAAACCUCUCCAUUGCAGCCAACAAAGUACACAGUGAGUGUCACAACGCUUCUGACCCCUUUCUGGACUGCAAGGAGCAGCAGAAGAACCACAUUAAGGGAGUCAGCAAGUCAGUGUGGGAGCAGCGCACCAAGGAGCUGAGGAAGCAGACUCUGGCAUCCAGCCGCGAGGCCCUCUAUAACGAAUUGGACGCAGAUGACCGCUGGAAGGCAAGGACAGGGAGGGAGGAGCACAACAAUGUCAACUAUUCACGUCACAUCCGUCCAGACAUGAAGACCCAUCUUGAUCGACCCUUAGUGGUGGACCCCCAUGAAAAUCGUAAUAACAACACAAACAAGACAACUGGCAACAACUCAGACUUCUGUGUCAGCCAGCACCAUCCUGAGCACCAUGGCCAAGUGGGAGGGGAUGGUGGAGGAGGUUCAGGUCCACCCAGACCUCCCAUGGAGCGGGGAGAAUCCACGGAGAGUAGACGGAGCCGCAAAAGUGAGCAUCACCACAGCUCUCAUGUCCGUCUGGAUGCUACAGUGAUUCCUGGGCCGGGUUCAGAGGAGAGGGUAUCCAGGCGCCAUCACCACACGCGGACUGGGAGUCGAGGAGGAGGGCAGUCCGAACACAGGAAGCCAAGGUCACAUCGAAAGAAUGCUGAAGAUGGUGAGGAAGGUGGGGGAGGAGCUGGAAAAUCUGGAAGACAUAAGAGCAAAGGAGUGGAUGGGAGUAGGGAAGGAGGAGAGCAUGAGCGAGCAGGCAAUGGCGGUGAGAAGAGGUCAAGAAGAAGCCGGCGUGGAAGCCAAACAGAGGGCGAGGGGAAGCGUAUGUGCUCACACAGAAGGAAGGACUGCAGUGUCCCAAACCUAUCUACCACACGGCCCAUCCAAAAGAGUCUCUCAAGGCAGAAUAGCCAGUACAGUGAGGACAUGGACAACCUCAUGAACACCAAACUGGUGUCUGGUUCUACACCACCUAGCGAGGGUCGCCCCUAUCCAGUGGCCAGUCACACUGUCACCCCUGGAUUUGGAUCUGCCCUUCAUCUUGCUAACAGUGGCACUCGUGGAAGUUUGGUCACGUUGGAUAGUUAUGGGAAUGUCGGACAUCACCGUGCAAACAGUGUGAUCAGGCUGCCCCACCCUGAUUAUACUGCUGUGGACAUGCCCAUAUUUCCAUCCACCAAUGCCAUACUGCAAGUUAAUAAAAAUGCCAACACUGAACCUCUGCCACCUCCUACAAAUGAUGAUGAGGAAGGAGGGGAAGGAGGGCCUAGGCCCAUGCCUCCAUAUAGCUCCAUGUUCAUCUUCUCGACCACCAAUCCGUUUCGACGAGCAUGCCAUUACAUUUGCACCCUGCGUUAUUUUGAGAUGUGCAUCCUGCUGGUCAUUGCAAUGAGCAGUAUUGCCCUGGCAGCUGAAGACCCUGUUUGGCCCAAUUCCCCUCGAAACGAUGUUCUGCGGUAUUUUGACUACGUCUUUACAGGAGUUUUUACUUUUGAGAUGUUAGUAAAGAUGGUGGAUCUGGGGUUGGUCUUGCACCAGGGCUCUUAUUUCCGGGACUUGUGGAACAUCCUUGACUUUAUAGUGGUUAGUGGUGCUCUGGUGGCCUACGCCUACGCCUUAGCCAGCGGCAGCGGGGGGAACAGCAAGGGAAAAGACAUCAGCACCAUCAAGUCGCUGAGGGUACUGAGGGUGCUACGACCUCUAAAGACUAUUAAACGACUUCCCAAACUCAAGGCUGUGUUUGACUGUGUGGUGAACUCUCUGAAGAAUGUGCUCAACAUCCUGAUCGUCUAUUUACUCUUCAUGUUCAUCUUUGCUGUGGUUGCUGUUCAGCUCUUCAAGGGGCGUUUUUUUUACUGCACUGAUGAAUCCAAAGAAUUUGAGCGCGACUGCAGAGGCGAGUAUCUGGUGUACGAACGUGAUAACGAAGUGAGGGCGCAGAAGCGGGAGUGGAAGAAGUACGAUUUCCACUACGACAAUGUGGCUUGGGCCCUUCUCACCCUCUUCACUGUCUCUACUGGAGAGGGGUGGCCGCAGGUGCUGAAACACUCGGUCGAUGCGACUUACGAGAAUCAGGGCCCAAGUCCAGGAUACCGGAUGGAGAUGUCCAUCUUUUACGUGGUGUACUUCGUGGUCUUCCCCUUCUUCUUCGUCAACAUCUUCGUAGCUCUCAUUAUCAUCACUUUCCAGGAACAAGGCGACAAGAUGAUGGAAGAUUACAGUUUAGAAAAGAAUGAGAGAGCCUGUAUAGACUUUGCCAUCAACGCCAAGCCUCUGACACGCCACAUGCCACAAAACAAGCUAAGCUUUCAGUACCGUAUGUGGGAGUUUGUGGUGUCACCGCCAUUUGAGUAUACCAUCAUGGCGAUGAUCGCGCUCAACACAAUCGUGCUGAUGAUGAAGUAUUACGGAGCCUCCGACACCUAUGAAGCUGUGUUAGCCAACCUGAACAUAGUGUUUACUUCCCUCUUCUCCAUGGAGUGUGUACUCAAGAUCAUCGCCUUUGGAGCACUGAAUUAUUUCAAAGAUGCCUGGAAUAUUUUUGACUGUGUGACAGUUCUGGGCAGCAUUACAGACAUCCUCGUUACUGAGCUUGGGAUGAAUAAUUUCAUCAACCUAAGUUUCCUAAGGCUGUUCAGAGCAGCUCGUCUCAUCAAACUGCUGAGACAGGGAGAAACCAUCCGAAUCUUGCUCUGGACCUUCGUUCAGUCUUUCAAGGCACUGCCUUAUGUUUGCCUCCUCAUUGCCAUGCUGUUUUUCAUCUACGCCAUCAUUGGGAUGCAGCUGUUUGGGAAUAUUGCAAUUGAAGAAGUUGGAGACAGUGCCAUCAACCAACAUAACAACUUCAGGACCUUUGUAGAGGCUCUUAUGCUUCUCUUUAGGAGUGCAACGGGUGAGGCAUGGCACGAGAUCAUGUUGGCGUGUCUUGGGGGUAAGGACUGUGACCUCAAGUCAGGGAAUGUAGAUCCAGAUUGUGGCAGCCAGUUUGCCUACCUCUACUUUGUGUCGUUCAUCUUCUUCUGUUCAUUCUUGAUGCUGAAUCUGUUUGUAGCUGUUAUCAUGGACAACUUUGAGUACCUGACUAGAGAUUCAUCCAUACUAGGACCUCACCAUUUGGAUGAGUAUGUCAGGAUAUGGGCGGAGUAUGACCCUGCUGCCUGUGGCAGGAUCAGUUGCAGGGAAAUGUAUGACAUGCUGAGGCACAUGAGUCCUCCACUAGGCCUCGGGAAGAGGUGUCCAGCUCGGGUGGCCUACAAGAGAUUGCUCCGUAUGGAUCUGCCCGUGGCUGAUGACAACACGGUCCACUUCAACUCCACUCUCAUGGCCUUGAUCCGCACAGCGCUGGACAUAAAGAUUGCCAAGGGUGGUAUCGACAAACACCAGAUGGAUGCAGAGCUAAGGAAAGAGAUGAUGGCAAUCUGGCCCAACCUCUCCCAGAAGCAUCUGGAUUUGCUGGUGACACCACACAAGUCAACCGACCUGACAGUGGGGAAAAUCUAUGCCGCCAUGAUGAUCAUGGAGUACUACCGGCAGAGCAAGAUCAAACGUUCCCAGGCUCUUCGUGAUGAGCAGAAUCGAACGCCAUUACUAUUUCAGCGCGUGGAGCCACCUACCCCCUCCCAGGAUGGGGGUCCGGGACUUAACAAUGCCCUGCCUCCUCCUGAGAUGACAGACACCACCAACAGCCUGCCGGUGGAGGGAGGUGUCCCGGAAAGCCAGUCGUGGGUGACGGCUCGCGCUCAGGAAAUGUCUCAGAAGGUUGGCAGCUGGAGCCCUGAGGGACACCCUGUGGAUGGCCUGGGAAGCAUGACCAACUCUCAGACGGUAGAGAUGAGAGAGAUGGGGCAGGAUGGUUACUCGGAUACUGAGCACUUUCCACCAAUGGAAGGCCACGGCAGGGCCGCUUCCAUGCCCCGCCUCCCAGGCGACAACCAAACCAUCAAUGACAGCAGUCCAAUGAAACGCUCCGCCUCCUCCCUGGGCCACAGCAGGUCUGGGCGUGGUCACAGAGACAAAGGAGGGGCAGACGACUACAACAUGGAGCAUGCAAUCCCAGAAGAGGGGAGAAGUUCCAGACACGGACACCGGCGAAAAGACCGGAGCCAUCGGGCAUCUGAGAGGUCCCUCUGUCGCUACACUGAGGCUGACACAGGCCUGGGCACAGACCUAAGCACAACCACUCAGUCUGGCGACCUCACGUCAAAAGACAAGGAUCGAGACAGGGAUCGCGGCCGUUCCAAAGACCGUAAGCACCACCACCAUCAUCACCAUCACCACGGCUCUGUGGACAAGGAGCGCUAUGUAGCAGAACGAGGGGGCGAGUACGUCCACAGGCACUCUCGCGACCGUGACCGGGAGCGAGAAAGGGACCGGCGCUGGUCGCGAUCUCCCAGCGAGGGUCGCGAUUGCGUGACACACAGACAGGGCAGUAGUUCAGUCAGCGGAAGCCCUGUCCCCUCAACCUCGGGGACCAGUACACCGCGGCGGGGCCGUCGGCAGUUGCCUCAGACCCCGGCAACACCCCGGCCCCAUGUUACUUACUCCCCUGUAGUCCGUAAGGCUAUGCCCACCCCUCCUGGGGUGGCACAAGGCAGACCCUCAGCCCCAGCUCCUGCCCCUCGCCGCUUUUCUCCAGAACCUUCCCAAGGCCAGGGUCCUCCCCCCGCUGGCCUUCAGCUGGGCCACCAUGGCACACCACGUCAUCAGCCCCCACUGCGCUGGGGAGACACAGGUGGAGGAGGGGGCUCUAUAGAAGGGGAUGGAUGUUUCUACAACCAGGACUACCAGGACUACGAGCCCCAUCAUGAACCACCUGCCUAUGAGCCAAACCCCGUGCAGGGGGGCAACCCGCACCCUCAUGCCAACCACCCACUGCCACCUCCCUCACAACCACAGCAGCAUAACCCCCAUCCCCUACCUCCCCCACAGCCACACCCAGUCAACAACCCCCAUCCUCAGCCCAGCCGAACCUCGCCUAGAACUGUUCAUCACGCGCCUCCGCCAACAACGGCUCUGACAGGGCCUGUGCAGGGCCAAGUUCAGUCUGCCGCCCAGCGCCGGCUACCCAACGGCUAUCGUUCUUCAUCACCUUCCACACAUGUCCACGGACCCCCACACACUGGUCCCCACAAGGUCCCUCCUCCGGCUGGGCAUCCAAGGGGUCCUCGCAAAGGCUUGCAUGAACCCUACAGUGAAACGGAGGAUGACGAUUGGUGCUAGCCUCUGGGGAAGGGGGUGGGACUUAACAAGGAAAAAAAAAUUGAAAUACCGAAAGAAGAUGAGCCAGAGCACUGACUGCCAAGGGAAAAAAA